GGAAGAGAGUGUCAAACAAACCUAACCACCACAAAACAAGUACUCCCAAGGAGGAAGAUUCCAGGGAUUUGACCAGCAUUGGCGAGCUCCGCGUCUUGCUGCCCUUCUUCCUCCAGCUCGGAAAAGCUUCUUCCUGGUUGCAGCAGUCCACCUCCGUCCGCCGCACCGCUUUCCAGGAGCAGAGCAGCAGAGGAAUCGAAGCACAUCUGUCACCGGGACCAGAAAAGGACCGGUCUUCUGCAGUUUUUGGUUGCCGGCAGGGCAGGGGAUGGCCGCUAAGAGGCGGCUCUUCUUCUUGCUGCUCGUCUUGUGCCUCUUCGCCGGGUCGAGGAUCGCCGCCGCCGCCACCAACCCACAGGAUGCGGCUGCUCUAAAAUCCUUGAAGAAGAAAUGGUCAAAUAUGCCUAGAAGCUGGACAAAGAAAUCAUCUAAUGAUCCUUGCGGUGACAAAUGGGAUGGAAUUAUUUGCAAUGGCAACUCUAGGGUUAUAUCACUAAACCUAUUUGGUAUGAACUUGAAAGGCACCCUGAGCGACGACAUAGGAAGCCUGACCGAGCUCACGAUCUUGGAUCUAUCCUCGAAUAAAGAUCUAGGCGGCCCACUUACACCUGCUAUUGGGAAGUUGAUUCAGCUUACACACUUAGUAUUAAUAGGUUGCAGUUUCAGCGGAACUGUUCCAAAUGAACUAGGCAACCUGGCACAACUCGAAUUCUUCGCUCUGAACUCAAACCAAUUCACGGGUAGCAUCCCACCCUCAUUGGGCAAGCUCUCGAAGGUUACAUGGCUAGACCUAGCUAAUAACAGUUUGACCGGACGCCUACCAAACUCCAGGGACAAUGGAACUGGAUUGGACCAGCUUCUUAAAGCGGAACACUUCCAUCUUAACCAAAAUUUGCUAGAGGGUCAUAUCCCAGAGAAUAUGUUCAACUCAAACAUGAGACUCAAGCAUAUACUUCUGGACAGGAACAGGUUUAGUGGAAAUAUUCCAGCAUCCAUUGGGGUAAUCCCAACACUUGAAGUACUCCGUCUAAACGACAAUAACUUCACGGGCCAAGUUCCGGCUAUGCAAAUGCUGACUAAGCUCCAUGUUCUAAUGCUGUCAAAUAACAAGCUGGGUGGACCAAUGCCAAAUUUGACUGCUAUGGAUGGUCUUGAAAAUGUGGAUCUAAGCAACAACAGCUUCACACCUUCUGGUGUUCCAAGUUGGUUUACAGGAUUGAAGGGUUUAAUGACACUUACAAUGCAGUCAGUUGGGAUUUCUGGGAAACUGCCACAGGAGCUUUUCAGCCGGACUAAUUUGCAACAUGUAAUAUUGAGUCAUAAUCAACUGAAUGGUACGCUUGACAUGGGCAAUAACAUCAGCAAAGAUCUAGACCUUGUUGACAUCCGGAACAACAGCAUUUCCUCUGUUACAGUGUACGGCACCCUCAACUACACAAAUCUCAAGCUUGAAGGAAACCCACUCUGCAGUGACUCUCUUCUGUCAAGCACGACGCUCUGCACGGACCAGCUAACUGAACCUCCAACUGUGUAUCCUACCUUUAAUGUCCAGUGUGAAAAUCCAUUUGAGGAAACCAUAGAAUUCAGAUCUCCUUCCUUUGGCAACGUCAACAAGUACAUUGGUGAACUGCACCAAAACCUCUCGGAUACACUGAAAAAAUGUACCCCGAACAACCUAGGCUUAGUACCUGACACCGGCAAUGCGUACCUAAAGGUGCAAUUUAAGGCUUGCCCAGUAGGUCGGAAGAGGUUCACUUACUCCCAGGUGUUGAACUGCUUCAAUCUGACACUUCAGACUUACAAGCCACCAGAGAAUUUUGGACCUUACUAUGUGGACGCACGUCCUUAUCUGUUCCACGACAAAGUUUCUCGAGCAAUUUUGAUUGGUGUUGUGACCGGCUCUGUUUUUUUGGUGGUCGGGCUCGCGUUCAUUGGGGCUUACGCUGUGCGUCAAAGGAAACGGGCUCGGAAGCUUGUUACCCUCAGCGAUCCUUUUGCUUCAUGGGGAUCAACAACAGAAGAUAUUGGUGAAGCGCCAAAACUCAAGAGCGCUAGGGUGUUUACACUGGAAGAGCUCAAGAUGAGCACAAAUGACUUCCGAGAAAUCAAUGCAAUUGGAGCAGGAGGCUACGGAACGGUGUACCGAGGAAAACUGAUGGAUGGCCAGAUCAUAGCCAUCAAGAGGUCCAAGCAAGGGUCCAUGCAGGGUGGGCUUGAGUUCAAGACAGAAAUCGAGCUCCUUUCGAGGGUGCAUCACAAGAACUUGGUCGGGCUAGUUGGUUUCUGCUUCGAGAAGGGUGAAAGGAUGCUUGUUUAUGAGUUCAUUUCCAAUGGAACUCUAAGCGAGUCACUAUAUGGUAUUAAAGGGGUACAGUUGGAUUGGAGUUCCAGACUUAAGAUAGCCCUGGAUUCAGCUAGAGGGCUAGCUUACCUCCAUGACCAUGCCAAUCCUCCAAUCAUCCACAGGGAUGUGAAGUCCACCAACAUUCUCCUCGAUGCGAAGAUGACCGCAAAGGUGGCAGACUUUGGUCUCUCGUUGUUGGUAUCAGACAGCGAGGAAGGCGAGCUCUGCACAAACGUCAAGGGAACACUGGGGUACCUAGACCCAGAGUACUACAUGACACAGCAACUGACGGCGAAGAGCGAUGUGUACAGCUUCGGUGUGGUACUACUGGAGCUAAUAGUGGCCAAGCCGCCUAUAUACGAGAAGAAGUACAUUGUCCGCGAGGUGAAGACGGCAUUAGACAUGGAAGACAGCAUGUACUGUGGGCUGAAGGAUGUGAUGGACCCAGUUCUUCUCAAACUGGGAGGGCUCCAGGGCUUCCCAAGGUUCUUGAAGAUGGCACUACAGUGCGUGGAAGAGGUGGGACCUGACCGCCCGUCGAUGAACAACAUCGUGAGGGAGAUCGAGAUGAUAAUGCAAGACCACGGGAUCACGCCAGGUUCAGUAUCGACAAGCUCUUCUUUCAGUGUAGACUCGACGGCAAAGAAGUUUGUGCCGAGGUUCCCGUACUCCAGCACAUCGACGUCGUCCACGACCUUUGAGAUGGACAGCAGGGCCUUUGAGUACAGUGGGGGGUUCCCUUCUCAGGGAAGCUUGCAGAACAACAGGAACACAUAGGAAUGAGAACUCCUACAGGAUGCAAGGCUUGUAGGCUUUAGCAGAGUUUCACAUUGUACAAACUGUGAAAGAGGCAUACUUAUAGGUAUAUUUAUAGGAUUCAGGAAUGCACUCAAGGUGCACUGUACAGAGUUCUUGAAAUUAACAAAAAAAAUUGGUAUAAGAGAAUAGCUGCUACAUUUGUAGUGUUAAAAUAUACAAAUACUACGU